UGUAUAAAACUAUCUUGUAAUAGCAGCCAGCAGGCAUCGGGGAAUACUGGCCCCAAUAUUCAGGCAUUUAUUUCAAUUGUACAUAAUGUGUCCUCAAUCCCAGCCAGCGCGCUCCUGGGCCAUGCUGCCUUUUGUGCGUGUUCGCGUGAGCCUCAUUCUCCCUCCAGCCUACAUCACUGUAACCCCACCAACACCAACACCCUUCACACACACACUCACCAGUCCCACCUCCCUAUACCCGAACUACAGUGAAGCCAAUUCAAGCGAUUCUCCGCAGUGCUGAAGAGCAGAGUGAAGUAAAGACGGAGAAGAAGGGGGAGGAGUGAGAGAGGGGGCAGCACAGAGAGGAGAAGAGGGGAGAUUCGGGGGAACACGGGAUAGAGAGGCAGAGCGUGUGCGUAUCGAGAGCAGUGAAGAGAGAGACCGAGAUAAGGGGGAAUCUGCCAGUUUGGUACCCAGGCUUCCCAGUGCGCACAGAUCUCGGCUGCACCGUCCGACCAGCUCUCAUCUCUGCAGGAUGAGUUCAUUCAGCACGAGGGCGCUGACACUUCUCUCGUCGGUUUUUGGGGCCUGCGGUCUGCUGUUGGUGGGCGUCGCUGUGUCGACGGACUACUGGCUGCUGAUGGAGGAGGGAAUCGUCCUGCAGCAGAACCAGACCACUGAGGUCAAGAUGGCGCUGCACUCUGGCCUCUGGAGGGUCUGCUUUGUGGCUGGUUGUUUUCCUCGUUUUUAUUCGUGUCACACACUCCUUCUCCUACUAAUCCUCCUUCCUUUCUUUUCUUCAGAAAUGGUCCGGACCGCCACUCCCUUCCCCAUGGUCUCCCUGCUCUUUGUCUUCACCGCCUUUGUAAUCAGCAAUAUCGGGCACAUUCGGCCGCAGCGCACCAUCCUCGCCUUCGUUUCUGGCAUAUUCUUCAUUCUGUCAGGUAAAGUUAAUCUGAACCGAAACUGCUUGCAGCCUGAGCAGUUCUUCCACUAUCACUACGGCUGGUCCUUUGCCUUUGCCGCCUCCUCCUUCCUCCUCAAAGAGGGUGCAGGAGUGAUGUCUGUCUACCUCUUCAUGAAGCGUUACGCUGAGGAGGAGCUUUACCGGCCCCACCCUGCACUGUACCGCCCCCGCAUGUCUGACUGCAGCGACUACAGCGGCCAGUACCUCCACCCAGACUCCUGGGCUCCACCACAGCGAGGCCGCAGUGCCUCCGAUGUCUCCUCUGACAUCUCCAUCCAGCUCAACCAAACUCCACCCCAGCAGUCGUUUCCCAAGGGGGGCAGCAGCUCCCAGGCAACACCCUCUUCCUCUGGACCGUCAUCAGCUGCCAGCUACCAGCUCCAACCAGCUUCUUCCUCCUCCACCUCCUCCUCAUAUCCACAUCCUCUUCACCCAGGUGCCACCUCCACCCUGUCCAGGGGUUCACAUAUCCACUCCCACCCUCAGCCACACCCUCACCCGAGUGGGCCCGCACCCCAGUCCCUGCCUAUGGCGGCGCCACCCUCUGCCGUGCCUCCUCCACGCUACCACGCACACAUGCGAAUGAGCGCCUCGCCAUGCUAGGCUACAUAUGGAGGGAAAAACACAUCUGGGGUUGGGGAUGAGGGUGGGGGGUUAGAUUGGGUCUGUUACAGCGCUUAUACACCACACGACAAAAACACACACGAACACAGAUCCCGUAGCCGCCAAGUGUGUGGGAGGAAGGGUUGUAGCAAAGAAGUAGAAGAAGUGAGGUUUAAGGAGAUCAAAAAAGAGGAGAGAAAAGAGGGGAGGAGGUGACGAGAAGCAGGUGGGCGGAGGGAUGACUCACUGCUGAUGCUGAGCCCGAGAUGAAGACAGACACUCAACAAAACUUUUAACACGCUGGGAGGGAACAUGGGAGGGAGUGAGAGAUACGAUGAUUAGUAGCAACAAGACGUUUGUGGGGUUUCUGACGGGUACAUUCAUCAUCACGGCCAUGAUACACAGGCAACAGUGUCAAACAGCACAGGAAACAGGAAGCUGAAUCAUUUCCAAAAUGCUGUCCAUUCACAAAAACAACAUAAAUGUUGAAUUAUGAAUCAUAUGAAAGCAUUACCCAAAUUUCUUGUAAUUAAUGUUUUCAUAUUUUUGUGAACGUGGUUGGGAAGGUCGAUGCAGUAUCUUGAUUGCUUUAGAAAUAAAUUUUGGUUUUAUGGAAGU